AUGGGGGGCAACGAUUACACCAAAAAGGACCGCUCUACAUUUCGUAAAAGAGCCCCAACCCUUAUCAAAAAGGCCCAUGAGCUCGCGGAACAGUGCAGCGCACAUGUCUAUGUCCUCAUUGACCAUCCACGUGCCCGGGUCUCUUAUAGCUCCACCAACGGUGGCAAAACACCCUUCCCAGAAGGCGCAUUAGAAGCUAUGUAUCCCGGACUGCAACAAUUAACUCAGUCGGAGAUGAAAGAGUCUCACGAAGAAACUCACCGGGAGAAAGUUGACGGAGUGUCUCGCUACUUUGAAUUCAGAGCCCAAGCUCUGUCUAAGACGAAGGAUGAGAAAACCGAAAUCAACACUACAGGAGAAGGCAAGUAG